AUUAAAUAAUUCAGCUAAUCUAACCUACAAAGUGAUUUUCGGUCAGUUCCACAUUCUCAAGACGGUCUGACCUGAAUUUGUGAGCAAAAAUACCAGUAAUUUUCUCUCUAUGUAAUCCGAUCCGAUUGACAUUCCCGAGGCCUUGCACAACGUUCGGGUAGGUAUAAUAUUCUUAUUGAAUAUGCUCAGAAUGAGGAUACAUUUCGGAUGCGACCAUAGUCAUUUUCUCUCUAAUGUAAAUUGAUCCAAGCUGAUCUACCUUUGAAGGCGAAAUAACAAGAUUCGGCAGGACCUUAUCCAGCAUCCUGUGAGAUUUCAUCGAAUACCUACGUAACAAGAAAUACAGAAGCGUAAAGAUAUAUCUACUCGUAUGAUUUUAAAAUCUCAUAAUAAUGGGUAGGUACUCAUAACCUACUUAUAAAAAUUAUUGAGUGAUGAAAGCAACGAAGGAGAAGAAAGCAAGUGCGAAUUUCAAAGGUUGGUAGCGCUUUAAAUUAGGUAGGUAACCAGCUAGUAACAGAUUUCAAAAUGCUGACUAUAAUUUCGGCGAUAUCAUGUAUUCUACAUCUCCUACCCGCAACAUUGGGCGAUCCGAAGUUCGACAUGGAUUUUGUAAAAUCGCCUUCGUUCGUCGACAAAUCAGCCUUACUAGAAGCAUUUUUCGAAGAACGUUCGGGCCAUUAUAAUUUCAUCUGUUGUCCUCGAUUUUUCGGCAAAACGAUAAACAUGCAAAUGCUGAAGACGUUCUUCAACAUCGAAGUGGACUCGACGGGCACAACGAUAGAUCCGAUAGGAUCAUCGGCUUUUAAGAUAAUCCAACAACUAGAAAUCUAUAAAAACAGACCAUUUAUGAGACAGCAUUUUGGCCGACAUCCGGUAGUACUACUAGAUUUGAAAUACACCAUUACAGGAACUCCAACGGAGGAUGUGGUGUUACCUUGGUUGAUCUCUCGUGUACAAGAAUCAUAUCAAGAAUACCACUGGCUGUUGAAAAAAAUUCGAAACGAUUACGCUAAUUGGAAAACAUCGGUUAGCGAAUACGAACUUCAGUAUUUCGAACAAGUGCUGCACGGCGAUCUCAACACCACUCAGAUUUUCGAAGCUUUAAUGGUGCUGCCGAAACUCUUGUAUAGAUAUAACAAGUAUUCUAAAGCUAUAAUAUUGAUCGAUCAUUACGAUCAUUUUCAGUUACAUGCUGAUCAUUUAUCACAAUCUGUCGUCGAUUAUGCGUAUUCUUUGAUAAACGAAAUGCUCAUGUACCCUUUCAAUCAACCCUAUCACUACUUCUGGUACGGUUUUGGAACAAUAACCAGCUCGCAGAAGUUACCUACCGGACCGAAUGUCGAAGGUCGUUUACGUAACUACGUUUUCUUGGACGAUCACAUAUACAGCGAUCAUUUCGGUUUCACUGCGGAAGAUAUGGAAGGUCUGUAUACCAAAUACAAUUGUUCUAAAGAAGAACGAACAUCGAUCAAGAAAUGGUAUAACGGGUACAGCACCUGGGUAAAACCUAAAACAUUCUAUCAGCCUUACUCGGUUACGCAAUACUUCCGUAAUCGAAAUACGUCCAACGCUUUACGAUGCUAUUGGCCCAAGACUAUACCAUCGCAUAACUUACUUCCAUUCCUCAAAGUGCCCGAAUUCCGCGAAAAAAUAAUCCAACUGGUUACUUUUCGAAGAGCUUCCAUUUUCAUACGUAAAUCACGCUUCGAAUCCAGACACUUGCCACGGUUCGAUUCGCUUUCGGUGAAAUUCGAUCAGGUCGUAGAGACUACCGAAUUGCACGAAAUGUAUUCGUUCUUUUUCGAAAACGGAUAUUUGGGUCAAACCGCCAAACAGACAGAAUUCAAAAUACCAAAUAUGGAAUUAAGACAGUAUUUCGGUAAAGUAUUAGCUCACGUUUAUAGAACCAAAGGUAUUCCGAUCGACGCCCUCAGAGAUUUAUUUAUUAGAACUUUCCAAUCGACUGAUCGCGAUCCGACAGUAAUCGAAGAGGAAUUCAGGAUACAAUUCGAACAAGCGUACAGUUUGGCUCGUUUACCCAAGUUUCGCUCCGCUGCCAAAUUCGAAUACUAUUGCAUACUGCAUAUUUCUGCUCUGGAGAUCAGAUCUAUUUUACCUCAGAUUAACGUCAAUUUCAAAGCCACCGUAGGAUUCAGAGGCGAUGUGCUGAUAAUUGAAAAUAAUAAAGUGUUAAUUGUUAGUUUGCAUCGCGUUAAGAAACUAGAAGAAGAAAAGGAACUGCCAUCGACGUUGAAUUACUCUCUGCCUGUGAAAGGUAUCAGUCGAGUGAUAUUUAUAAACGUGAUGAUUACAGACUACGGCGAUGUCAGGGCUUCGUUAAGGGAUUACGGAUCGGAUUCGGCCGGCGAAGAAGACAAACAAGUUUAUCGUAAUCAAUGGGAUGAGAAUACAGAACACGAACAUUCGCAUUCGGGUAAUACAGCAGAACUGCAACAAAGUGAUCAGUAUGAGCUGAAACAGAAAGAGGAACAGGGAUAUCAACAAAAUCAAGAAGCUUCUUUCGAGGAUUUCGAAAAUAAUCAGGUCUCGUCUAAAGAAUCAAAUUCGUUGUAUUCACUUCCUGAAAUUGAAUGAGAACUUAGAUCUGCUAAAUCCUACGAACUUGAAACGAAAUACCUAUCUGUCCUUUGGAAUUCGAUCACAAAUCGUUAUUUCGUUAUCGUUGGUAGGUGAAGCAUUCCCUUCAAACCAGUGCGUAGGCAUCUCAUUUCUACAACGUAUCCACGUAGGUUGCCUAUCCCUGAAAUCUCAAGGAUACAUUAUGAUGCUCAAUGGAUUUUUUUUCAUCUCACCAACUCGUAAUUUUAGACUUAAUUACAAGCGUGGUUUCUUUUAGUCAUGUUGACAAUGUAAAUAUGAAUUUUACUUUUUAAUAAAAAAAUACGUAGAUAUAAGUCUUUAUGAAUCAAAUGUAAAUGUUUUCUUCCUUUUAAAUCAAAUAAUACCUACGUGAUAAUAAAUUAUUAAUAUGCAUAAAUAUGGUAUGUAGCAUGUACUUGUACAUAAUUAUUAAAUCUUGUUUUCUUUUUUACAA